AUGGAAGCCAAAGCUUUACUCUUCUCCGUUCUCUUCAUUGUUCUCUCUCUCAGAUUCUUGAUCGGAAGACUCAAGCGAAAGCCCAACCUUCCUCCGAGUCCGGCAUGGGCGUUACCGGUGAUCGGUCACCUCCGCCUUCUCAAACCGCCGAUCUAUCGCACUUUCCACUCAAUCUCCCAAUCACUAGGCGAUGCUCCGAUCUUCUCUCUCCGACUCGGGAACAGACUCGUUUUCGUCAACUCGUCGCACUCGAUCGCCGAGGAGUGCUUCACUAAGAACGACGUCGUACUCGCGAACCGGCCAAAGUUCAUCAUCGCCAAACACGUCGCGUACGAUUACACAACCGUGAUCGCUGCUCCUUAUGGAGAUCACUGGCGCAACCUCCGCCGCAUCGGCUCCGUCGAGAUAUUCUCCAAUCACCGCCUCAACAGCUUUCUCUCUAUCCGUAAGGACGAGAUACGGCGGCUAAUUUUACGUCUCUCACGAAACUUUUCACAAGAUUUUGGAAAGGUGGAGAUGAAAUCAAUGUUCUCCGACUUAACAUUCAACAACAUCAUCAGAAUGGUGGCCGGAAAACGUUACUACGGCGACGGUUCGGAGGAGGAUCCGGAGUCUAAACGAGUCAGGCAGCUGAUUGCGGAUGUUGUAGCUAGCGCCGGCGCCGGAAACGCUGUCGAUUAUCUACCUGUCUUGCGUUUGGUUUCGGAUUACGAGACACGUGUCAAGAAGCUGGCGAGUAGGCUCGACGAGUUCUUGCAAGGGUUGGUCGAUGAGAAACGUGAAGCUCAAGAGAAGGGCAACACGAUGAUCGAUCACUUGCUUUCUCUGCAAGAAUCACAACCUGACUACUUCACAGAUCGCAUCAUCAAAGGAAACAUGGUCGCUCUCAUAUUAGCAGGGACUGAUACAUCAGCGGUUACGUUAGAAUGGGCAUUGUCGAACCUUUUGAAUCAUCCGGAGGUAUUGAAGAAGGCGAGAGAAGAAAUCGAUAGGAAGAUUGGUUUGGAGAGGCUUGUGGAGGAAUCAGACAUAUCAAAUCUGCCUUAUCUUCAGAACAUUGUGUCUGAAACGUUACGGCUUUACCCUGCGGUUCCAAUGCUGCUUCCUCACAUGGCAUCGGAAGAUUGUAAGGUUUCAGGAUACGAUAUGCCACGUGGGACUAUACUCUUGACCAACGCGUGGGCUAUACACAGAGAUCCUAAGCUAUGGGAUGAUCCAUUGACAUUCAAACCAGAGAGGUUUGAGAAAGAAGGAGAGGCUAAUAAGCUAAUGGCGUUUGGGUUGGGAAGAAGGGCUUGUCCUGGCUCUGGACUGGCUCAUCGGCUGAUGAACCUGACUCUUGCUUCGUUGAUUCAGUGUUUGGAGUGGGAGAGGAUUGGAGAAGAAGAAGUUGAUAUGAGUGAAGGCAAAGGAGUCACAAUGACUAAAGCCAAGCCUUUGGAAGCCAUGUGCAGAGCACGUGGCCUCUAUCGGUCAAAUCUUCCAUGA